AUGUCGCAGGAUGUUCAGCUUGCUCAACAGGUGCCUCCUCCACCACCUCCUUCUCCUCCUAUAGCGAUUAAUUGUCUUCCCAGCUCACGACCGCCUUCAACUAAAAGCUUUCAUUCUCUGGCAUCAUCUGCGAAUUCAGUAACUUCGCGAGCUCACGUUCAAUUGGCUUCUUUGUCAGUCAAAGAUCGGCCUCUGGAUCAGAUUUUGACAAAACCUUAUGGCGACGUAAAACCCGAUGAUGAAAGUUCUCUAAGCAUUCAAGUCGACUCAACCUCUCUAAAGGAUACAACCCGAAACCUCGAUCGAUUAAGUAUUCAACAACCUUGGGUUCCUUCUCCUAUCGAGUCAAAUGUCAGUGUUAUUAGUGGUAAUGGUUCGAUCGGAUCUGGUUCGCCAUCGGUCUCUGGUUCUUUAAAUGGUGAAUCUGUACCUGCUAUUGUGGCUGCUAAUGAAAAACUCACUGUUUCACCAACCCCGUUUUCGGGUUCCGUAAUUACUUCGUCCGCGGUGAUGUUCCCUCCUUCCAUUCAGUCAUAUUACACGUCUGCAGCAUCUCGCGAUCGUGUAUCUAAUCUCAAGGGCAGGACUGGGUCCAUGUCUUCUUCAUCUGAUAGUGAUAGAUCGAGAAUAGCGACUGAUAUUCACCGCUCCAAUUCCAAUGCUAGCAGUAAUGCCGCUACUUCUAAUAACAACAACAAUAAUAAUAACUACAACCCGAACGGGGGUUCGGGUAUUAAUUUCAGUUCCAAUGUAGGCACUGUGAAUCAUCGAAACUCACAGUUUUCACUCUCACAUGCCUCACCUCAGUCACAAUCGCAGUCGCAAUCGCAAUUACAAUCUCAAUCCCAGUUACAAUUACCAUCCCAGUCACAGCUGUCGAUUCCUGGGCAAUCCGUAUUGUCCCCUACGCUUUCUGCUACGAACGUCCCCGGUCAAAUCGAAGAAGAGGCAUCAAAUUCAUCUAUUAUCAGCAAUGUCAAGCCUGCGAAUGUGUCUGUAUCGGGAGCUUCGCUGUCAGCAUCUGCCUCUGUGUUGAAUGGCAAUGGCAAUGGUGCCAAUGCUGCUUCGUUCUUCUUCGACGUGGCUGCUCCACCAUUGGCUUUUUAUCUACACACUCCACGUCUAUUUGGCAGUGAUCCCCCAUACAUCUCUGGUCACAGCUGUACGCUUGUUAAUAACAAGUUAUUUAUUUUCGGAGGACGAACACCUAGCGGUCAUUCUAAUAAGCUGUAUGUUUUCAACUGCAUUACCAAUCUACUGUCUUGCCCUCCUAUCUAUGGUCAGGUGCCGCCCCCUUCACGAGACUUUUCUGCUACUUUGGCUGAUGACUACCAUAUUUAUUAUUUUGGCGGCCAAGACGAAACGAGGUUUUACAACUCGUUAUAUGUACUGGAUGUGAGGUCGUUCCGAUUCACCAAGUUGUCUCCGGAAGGUGCCAAGUUACCUGAACCUAGGGCUGGCCACUCGUGUACACUACGAAAAUCAAGCAAGCAUUUCGAUGAUGUUGGAACAAUUGGAUCAACUGCUUCUAUGAACAGCUUCAAGAAGCCUAUUGUUACAUCUACCCUGUACAUUUUUGGUGGGGCAUCUAGUUCUGAUGAGAGUUUCAACGAUCUUUGGAAAUUGACGAUAUCUCAAGGUGAUCCGUAUAACGUUAGCUUCAGCGAGGUGGAGCGCAAAGAGAAUUGGCCGUCUCCUAGAGUGAACCAUACUGCGCAUACGUAUAAAGAUUCGAUGCUCGUUUAUGGAGGAAAUGACCCGACGAAUCGGGUUUUCAAAACGCUGUGGCUGUUUGAUUUUGCGAGUGAGAAAUGGAACACCCUGGCUGAUAGCUCGCGACCGCGAACUCUUCAUAUGUCAGACCUGGUGGAUGGUCAACUAAUAGUGGUUGGUGGCCACGAUGGAGAAAAGUGUAUUGUGUUCGUGGAUAUCUACAACCUUAAGACCGGAAGUUGGCACUCACGUUUAUGCAAUGGAAUGCAGUCAUCUGGCCAGUGCUUCCACAAGGGUAGUUAUUAUGACUCGCGGAUGUUUAUUGUUGGCGGUCUUGACCCUGUUAAUAUUGUAUCUGGGCUGCGAGUUAUUGAAAUGCCCAAUAUCAAGCUAUAA